UGAAAAAAAUUAAAAAUUAUUUAAGAAAAGUUAAUUGACAAACUUUAAAAAUACAAAAAGUAUUUAACAAAAAUGACGACCAACACUGCCGAGCUCUACAAAAACAGCUUACGAGCUGAAAUGAUGCAAAUUGAGCGUCGACACCGACUUUUGGAGCAACAACGACUUCAGCGAAACACAAAUCUCGACAAACAUCGCAAAAUUAUCCAGAAUCUCCGGUUGCACCAACAAAAUUUCCAUCGUCCCAACUAUCAGCGACGUGCCUAUCGCAAUGUUCUUCAGUUCUCCGAAUGGAUGCACGAACGCCCCGACGACCUGGAAAACUGGUUUGUGCUGCCCUGUCCCAAAGGCGUUCGUUGUUUGCUCGUUGCCGAGGGCGGAAGGACCGAAGCAAUCGGAAAAUGGGGAAAUUUGUUGCUUACCUUUCAAUCCAUGUUGCCGGGUGGUUCGACGGGCGAAGGAAAUCAUCGGGGAGACACAACAAUCAUCGAUGCCUUUUUCGACAAGGAAGAAGGACAUUUUAUCGCAAUUGACGUUUUGGCUUACGGCAAUCAGGAUUUCAUGAAUUGCGAUUGCGAGUUUCGAUUUUAUUGGCUCAACACAAAAAUCCAAGAAGAUAAUCUCGGAAAAGGCACGAAACGAAAAUUUCCGAUAAAAUCGGUGCCGUAUGCGAGUUUUCAGGAUCCUCUAGCGGUGGAUGAGCUGCUCGGGAGAUUUCCAGCAUUUCCGGGAAAUAAACCCAAAUUGGAUGGGUUGCUCUUUUAUCACAAGGAAUCGUUGUAUAAAUCGGGAAAAACGCCUCUUGUACUGUGGUUGUUCCCGUUUAUGGUGCCAGAAGUGCUAAAUUUGCAUUCCGUGCAUGAAGCGUACAUGUCACAAAAACCGAGUCACUAUGAGGGCUAUAAACAGUACAUAGCGGAGUUUGAUGCCAAACAAGCGAAAAAAGUUGACCAAAGAACACAAAGGAGGGAACAACGGAAAAGCACAAAAAUGGACUGUCAAGAUGAAAGUCAGUCAACAUCGAAGGAAUCGGAAGAAAAACCAGAAGAAGAAGAAAUCGAAACUCGUGAUAAAAUUGAUCAAGAAAUGUUUUUGUUGGAAUGUGAAAUUGAGGAUACGUUGGACAAAUCAAUGCAAUAAAAUAAAGUUUAUUUUUUUUAAUAAAGUCGCUCCAUAUAAAGUUCAAUAGUUUUGCCAAAUGAUUCUAAAU